AUGUCUGAUGUGGAGCUUCAACUGUGUCUUGCUGUCCCCACUCCGAACAACCACCUUAAACGAAUGAGCUGUUUAGUAGACGAAGGUUACCGUGUUAAAAACACACGUGGUUUCGAGCAGACAUCUGGAAACGAUGAUGAGUGUGACACAAUGCCUUUACUUUUUUGGAGUGUCCAUCCAAACGAGGAAGACGAUGAACACAAGGAUAGAAACUAUAGAACAUUCGCCAUUCAUGAUAUGAAUGAUGCAGAAGAAGAUCAAGUUGUGGGAUGGCCACCCAUCAAGUCAUGGAGGAAGAGAACAUUGCAUCAUCGUCAUCAUCACCAUCAGAAUAAAAGAGCUGCAGAAAUUGGGAAUGGAAAUGGAAGACCCAUUUAUGUCAAGGUGAAGAUGGAAGGGGUACCAAUAGCAAGAAAGAUUGACCCGAGGCAUUACCAUUCUUAUCACCAACUUACCAAUUCAUUAAUUACCAUGUUCACCCAAAAUACAACCUGUGGUGAAGAUGAUUACAAUACAAGUUAUACUCUCACUUACCAGGACAAUGAAGGAGAUUGGUUGAUUGCAGGAGAUAUUCCAUGGCAAAGUUUUAUUAGGACUGUGCAGCGGCUAAAGAUACUACCUAACUGGGGUUGAAACCAUGCAGUAACUAGUUGUAACUGUAAAAGCUGUAAAAUCAAGUGUGAAA